CAGAACUUGAACGACACCACUUGGAGACAGAAGAAACGACAAUAUUCGCGCGUUAUUUUCCUGGGCGCGUCACCUCUCCUCGGCCGGCAAGACGACCCUGAAGCUACUUGUCAACAGUGGAGUGAAGCGGACCCCUGGGCUUGUGUCCUAACCCCGCCGUGCUCCCUGAUCCUCACCCUUCAAUAAACCCGUUUACCAUGAACCUCUGUGUUCAACUUUCCCGCGCGCUGCCCUGACGAGUUUCGGACUACAGUCCCCAGCGUCCUUUGCGCCGGGGCCUUCGCUGGACGGGAAGGUAGCUAAACCGCGCCUGGCCCCUGAAGGUCCGAAUCUGGUUUCUUUUGUCUCAAAGAAGCGGAGGGGUCUCCUUGCCCGAGGGGUUUCGGAGACUCCGAGUGAAAGACGCUUGCAGGGCGAGCGGUGGGAAAACGACUGAGAUUGCCGAGCCGGCCUUGCGUCGGGCAGCUCUUCCUGUUCCCGGGCUUCUCGGCGGCAACGGCGCGUUUGGCUCGAGUUUGGCAAGAUGUCGCCUCCGUUGGCGGUAAUUUCAGGUGCCAGUUUGUGGGGGCCUUACAAAGACAUUUGGCAGGCAGUAGUUAAUGCUAUUUGGAAAAGACAGCCAGAAGCAGUACAUCUUCUUGACCAGAUUUUAAAGAAGCAUAAACCUGACUUUAUAUCACUCUUCAGAAACCCGCCAAAGAAUGCCCAACAGCAUGAAAAAGUUCAGAAAGCAAAUACAGAAGGAGUUGCUGUCCAAGGCCAACAGGGAACCAGAUUGUUACCAGAGCAGCUCAUCAAAGAAGCCUUUAUUCUAAGUGAUCUCUUUGAUAUUGGGGAAUUAGCAGCUGUUGAACUUCUUCUGGCUGGAGAGCAUCAACAGCCUCGUUUUCCUGGGCUCACUAGAGGUUUAGUAGCUGUUCUGCUAUACUGGGAUGGAAAGCGAUGCCUUGCAAACUCAUUGCGAGCACUUAUCCAGUCUCGGCGAGGCAAGACAUGGACACUGGAACUCAGUCCUGAACUCGUCUCUAUAACAACACGUUUUACGGAUGAGCUGAUGGAGCAAGGUUUAACUCAUAAAAUUCUGACUUUGGUGUCUCAAAUUGAUCUGAACACUGAAUUCGAGAAGCUGCAGAGAGAACGAGGGUUGGGCAGUGAGAAACAUCGGAAAGAGGUUUCUGAUCUUAUCAAGGAGUGUCGGCAGUCAUUGGCGGAAAGUUUAUUUGCUUGGACGUGCCAGUCACCCCUGAGUCGGGAUGAUACUUUAAUCCUUAUUAGUUACUUAGAGAAAGUGACCGUAGAAGCUGAUGGCUCAUUGGACAGAGUCAAUUUAGCACUUCUUAUGGCUCUUCUAUAUUGUUUUGAUAUCAGUUGUCUUGAACAGAGCACUGAAGAUCGAGAAGAGCUGAUACACCAAUUGCCACUGUUAACAGAAAGACAGUAUAUAGCUGCAUUACAUACACGCCUUCAGGAGUCUCGUCCUUGGAAACUACCGGGACUUCAAGCUACUGCUAGAUUGGCCUGGGCACUAGCCUUGCGUGGAAUUUCACAGCUCUCUGAUGUGACAGCGCUUGCAGAAUUCACUGAGGCCGACGAAGCCAUGGCAGAGUUAGCAAUUACAGAUAAUGUUUUCCUAUUCAUUACUGAAUCUGUGGUGAGAGCAGAAAAUUUUUACCAGGAUGAAUUUUAUGUUCGUAGAAUCCACAACCUUGUCACAGACUUCCUUGCGCUCAUGCCAAUGAAAGUGAAGCAGCUGAGAAACCGAGCUGAUGAAGAUGCUCGUAUGAUCCACAUGAGUAUACAGAUGGGUAAUGAGCCACCUCUUUCACUUAGACGGGAUUUGGAACAUCUGAUGCUUUUAAUUGCUGAGUUGUACAAGAAGGAUACCUUUAAUUUGGAACUUGCUCUUGAGUACUGGUGCCCUACAGAGCCUCUGCAGAGCUCCACCAUCAUGGGGUCGUAUCUUGGGAUAGCCCAUCAAAGACCACCCCAGCGUCAGGUUGUUUUAUCUAAAUUUGUAAGACAAAUGGGAGACCUCCUUCCCUCAACAAUUUACAUUCCUUAUCUGAAAAUGCUCCGAGGAUUAGCAAAUGGGCCCCGGUGUUCUCAUUACUGCUUCACUUUGCUGAAGGGCAACGGCAGCAGUCAUGCUGAAAACAUCCAAGGAGCAGGUGGCAGUCCUGUUUCCUGGGAACACUUCUUCCAUUCUUUGAUGCUCUACCAUGAACACUUAAGGAAGGAUUUGCCAAGUGCAGAUAGCAUUCAGUAUCGUCACCUUCCUCUCAGAGGAAUAACCCAGAAAGAACAGGAUGGAUUGAUUGCAUUUCUCCAGCUUACAAAAACUAUAGUAAAAUGGAGUGAAAAUGCUCGGUUAGCUCUCUGUGAACAUCCCCAGUGGACUCCAGUAGUUAUCAUUUUGGGCCUUCUGCAAUGUAGCAUCCAUCCCAUAUUGAAAGCAGAGUUCAUAGAAACACUCUCAGCCUUUGGGAAAUCUCCUGAAAUUGCAGCUUCACUGUGGCAGUCUUUGGAAUACACACAGAUACUGCAAACUGUGAGAACUCCAGGCCAAAGACAAGCCAGUGGCAUUGAGGUUGAAUUGAAUGAGAUUGAAUCCCGGUGCGAGGAGUAUCCUUUAACUAGGGCGUUCUGCCGACUCAUUAGCACACUGGUAGAGAGUUCUUUUCCUUCUAACCUUGGGGCGGGCUUGCGGCCCCCAGGCUUUGACCCCUAUCUACAAUUUCUGAGGGAAACUGUGUUUCUUCGGUUUCGCACAAGAGCUUAUCGAAGAGCUGCUGAAAAGUGGGAAGUAGCUGAAGCAGUUCUGGAAGUGUUCUACAAAUUAUUGAGAGAUUAUGAACCCCAGCUUGAAGACUUUGCAGACCAAUACGUCGAAUUGCAAGGAGAAGAAGUUAUAGCUUAUAAACCACCUGGAUUUAGUCUCAUGUAUCAUCUGUUGAAUGAAUCCCCAAUGUUAGAACUCUGUCUUAGUUUACUGGAAGAAGGGGUUAAGCAACUGGAUACCUAUGCUCCUUUCCCUGGGAAGAAACACUUAGAGAAAGCUGUUCAGUAUUGUCUUGGGCUGCUCAAUUUCACUCUACAAAAAGAGAACCUUUUCAUGGACUUACUCAGGGAAAGCCAUCUCUCCCUGAUUGUAACUUCUCUAGAACAGCUACUGCAAGGAAUAAACCCUCGUACAAAAAAGGCAGACCAUGUGGUAAAUAUUGCAAGGUAUCUUUGCCAUGGGUCAGCCAACCCUGAACUGGCUUUUGAAAGUUCCAAGAUCCUGUGUUGCAUUUCUUGCAGUUCUAACAUUCAAGUGAAACUGAUUGGAGACUUCACACAGGAUCAGAGUGUCAGCCAAAAAUUAAUGGCAGGAUUUGUGGAGUGUUUGGACAAUGAAACUACAGAAGAAAUAAUUAAUCCCUUUGGAGAACUUGAAGUGGAAAGGAAGCAGGGCCCAAUCUACCAUGAAACAAAGAUUAACAUCCUGAACCUUCUUAUCACCUCUUUGGAGUGCAGCCCACCCAAUCUUGCUCUGUAUCUCCUGGGUUAUGAAUUUAAGAAGCCUGUCAGUACCACAAACUUACAGGACCCAGGCGUGUUGGGUUGUCCUCGUACGUGUCUUCAUGCUAUUCUGAACAUUCUGGAGAAUGGGUCUGAAACAAGAUCUGGUCCCAAAGCAGUUCAACAGUCUCCUCAUCUGGCAGAGUUGUGUUAUCAGGUGAUUUAUCAAUUGUGCGCCUGCUCAGAUACUUCAGGCCCAACUAUGAGAUAUUUGAGGACCAGCCAGGAUUUCUUAUUCUCUCAGUUGCAACAUUUACCAUUUUCUGUCAAAGAGCAUGAAAUUCCAGCCUUGAACCAAAUGUCAUGGCUAAUGAAGAUUGCAUCUAUAGAAUUAAGGGUUACUUCUUUGAACCGUCAGCGUUCUCACACACAGAGACUCUUGCACCUCCUUCUAGACGAUGUGCCAGUGAAAUCUUACUUAGCUGAUGGUGAAGGAGGAAUAGAAGAUGAAAGUCGGUCAGUCAGUGGAUUUCUCCACUUUGAUACAGCUUCCAAAGUACGCAGGAAAAUCUUGAGUAUUCUUGACUCAAUUGACUUCAGUCAAGAGAUCCCAGAACCUUUGCAGCUGGAUUUUUUUGAUCGUGCUCAGAUUGAGCAAGUCAUUGCCAAUUGUGAGAACAGGAGUGCCCACGGGCCAGUCAUCUGCAAUGUCAAGCAUCUCCACAAGGUUCUGAUUGCUGAAGUUAAUGCCCUGCAAGGCAUGGCUGCCAUUGGACAGAGACCGUUACUUAUGGAGGAAAUCAACACAAUUCUCCAGUAUGUUGUGGAAAGGAACAAACUUCUUCAGUGUCUCUAUGCCAAGCGACAUGCACUAGAAUCCUGGAGGCAGCUAGUAGAAAUUAUAUUAACUGCCUGCCCACAGGAUCUCAUACAGCCUGAAGACAGACAGCUUAUUAUUCGUGAUCUGUUACAAGAUCUGCAUGACAAGAUCCUGAAUGAUGACGCAGCUCAGGAGGUGAUGCCUGUUGUGGCAGGAGCUGUGUUCACUCUGACUGCCCACCUAAGCCAGUCUGUGCGCACAGAGCAAAAGGAGCCAUUCGCUGUCCCUGUCCCUGGACACACCCAGUUUGUCUUGAUGCUGGAUGGUUCUUUCGCAGCACCACCGGGUUCUGAAGGCAUGGUGGUGGGAUCUGCCUCCAUCGGAGACUCUUCUCUACAUAUUAUAUUGAAAAAAAUUCUGGAUUUUAUUCUAAAAACAGGUGGUGGGUUCCAGCGAGUGAGGACACACCUGUAUGGAGCGUUACUGUACUACCUCCAGAUUGCCCAGAGACCAGAUGAACCAGAGACUCUAGAAGCAGCCAAGAAGACCAUGUGGGAGCGUUUAACAGCUCCUGAAGAUGUUUUUAGUAAAUUGCAACGAGAAAACAUGGCAAUUAUUGAAAGCUAUGGUUCUGCCCUGAUGGAGGUUGUUUGUCGAGAUGCCUGUGACGGUCACGAGAUAGGCCGGAUGUUAGCACUAGCCUUACUUGAUCGCAUUGUCUCUGUGGAUAAGCAGCAACAGUGGUUGCUAUAUCUGUCCAAUAGUGGGUAUUUGAAAGUGCUUGUUGAAAGCCUAGCAGAUGAUGACCGCAAACUGCAAAGCUUGCUUACACCUCAGCCUCCUCUACUUAAAGCCUUGUAUACCUAUGAAUCCAAAAUGGCUUUCUUGACCAAAGUGGCAAAAAUACAACAAGGAGCACGCGAGUUACUAAGAUCUGGAGUAAUCACGAGGCUUGCACAGUGUCAUGUAUAUGACAUGCGACCUGAAAUAGACCAGCAUGGAAUAUUUGGAAUGAGGGAGUCCCCAGUCUUCAUUCCUGCCCCUAUAGAACGUUAUCGUCAGAUUCUUCUGCCGGCACUCCAGCUGUGCCAGGUCAUCCUCACUUCAAGUAUGGCACAACAUGCGCAAGCUGCAGGACAGGUGUUGCAGUUUCUAAUAUCCCAUUCAGAUACUAUCCAGGCAAUCUUGCGGUGUCAGGAAGUAAGUGCAGGAUCUCUGCAAGAACUGGCUUUACUGACAGGGAUAAUCAGUAAAGCUGCUCCACCUGGUGUGCUAGGCAACUAUGGCCUUGAUACUCAUGAUGGAAUGCAAAUUGAAUUACAAGGACAUGUAGGGCGAUUUCAGCGCCAGUGCUUGGGCCUUCUAACACGGUUUGGUGGUUCAGAGAGACUGCGUCAGUUUAAGUUGCAAGAUGAUAAUGCAGAGGGAGACAGAGUAAACAAGAGGGAUGAAAUUGAACUGGCCAUGCAACAGAUUUGUGCCAAUGUGAUAGAAUAUUGCCGGUUGUUAAUGGUACAGUCUGCUUCCUCUUUUGAGCAUAUAGUUUGCCUCUUCACUCCCAGUCUUUCUGAGUCCAUCAAUCGAGAUGGUCCUCGACAAGAUUCACAAGCACCAGUGAUCCCCUAUUGGCGUUUGCCUGGUCUGGGUAUUGUUGUCUAUCUGUUAAAACAAUGUGCAAAUGACUUCUUCAGUUACUAUGAUAGCCAUCGCCAGGGUGUUAGCAAGCUGCAGAACGUGGAGCAACUACCACCGGAUGAGAUAAAAGAGCUGUGCCAAUCAGUUAUGCUGGCUGGAGUAGACAAAAUUUCUACUGCUCAAAAAUACAUCUUGGCAAAGCGACGUUUGGUAAAGCUGAUCAACAAUCGAGCCAAACUGCUUUCCCUGUGCUGCUAUAUCAUAGAAACAUGCCUUUUUAUUCUCUGGCGGCACCUAGAACACUAUCUAUUGCGCUUCACCCCUGUAGAUUCCCAAGAUUCUUUUUUAACUUCCAGGACUCCACUGAAGAGCAGAAAAUUACAUGAUACCAGCAGUUCAGAGCCUCACUUUGAUUUUAGAAGUGGACUCAGUGGAGUGAGCCAGCUUGAUUUAGAUCAGCUUCAGAUUGAAGCCAGCAGCAGUUUUGGGGAAUCAUUGCAGAAGAAGCUCCUUGACAUUGAAAGCCUAUAUUCUAAGGUCCGAUCACGCUACACUUUCAUUCAAGCACUAGUUAGACGUAUUCGUGGUCUACUAAGGAUAUCAAGGACCUGAAGACUAAUAUGUGUGCCUCCCUGAAGUUUUUUGUACAAGUGUUAUUUUCUAAAUUAUGGUCAACGUUAUUUUUCUAUCUCCUUUUUUUCAUUACAGCAAUGAAUCAAUUUUGUGUAUUCUUCCUGUUCCUAUCGACUGGGGGAGGGAAAAUAAAAGCUUUUUAAAAACUAUA